GGGGGUGGGGCUACAGGGCGUGGCUUCGCGGCUGAGUAUAUAAGGCUGAGCUCUUGGGCGCGCCGCUCAUUUUCCCGUUAGGAGGCUCAGGUCGCUCUGGUCUGUCCGCUGACACCGCUUAUCCUUCCCGCCCCAUCCAACACACUGGUCAAGAUGGCAUCAGAUGAAGGAAAACUCUUUGUUGGUGGACUGAGUUUUGACACCAAUGAACAGUCAUUGGAACAGGUCUUCUCAAAGUAUGGACAGAUUGCUGAAGUUGUUGUUGUGAAAGACAGGGAGACUCAGCGAUCCAGAGGUUUUGGCUUUGUCACAUUUGAGAACAUAGAUGAUGCUAAAGAUGCAAUGAUGGCCAUGAAUGGAAAGUCUGUUGAUGGGCGGCAGAUUAGAGUUGACCAGGCAGGCAAAUCAUCAGAAAACCGGUCCCGUGGGUAUCGAGGAGGUUCAUCCAGUGGCAGAGGCUUCUUCCGUGGAGGCCGGGGUCGAGGCCGUGGUUUUUCUAGAGGAGGUGGAGACCGUGGUUAUGGAGGGAGCAGAUUUGAAUCUAGAAGUGGGGGAUAUGGAGGUUCCAGAGACUAUUACAGCAGCAGCAGGAGUCAAGGAGGCUAUGGUGACCGGUCUUCAGGAGGGUCUUACAGAGACAGCUAUGACAGUUAUGCUACACACAACGAGUAAAAAUCCUUCCUGAAUCAAGAUCGUCCUUCCAAUGGCUGUAUUUAUAAAGAUUUUUGGAGCUUCGCUGAAUCGUUAUUGUGUAGUACCCAUCUACUUGUAUUCACUUUUGUAGUAUUAUCAGUUCUGAUCUUGUCAAACACAGCCUGACAGCUUCGGACAUGAGAUGGCCUAAUUAGACUUUUCUUUUAAGAAAGCUCUUGUCUGUUCUCAAGUGUUUUUUUAAAAAGCAUUUUUGAAAGCACUUCGGAUUUUAUUUUUUCUUUUCGUCAUGAGCCAAGGUGUGGUGGUUUUCUUUUUUGUUGUUUUUUUUCUUUUGGUUUUGUUUUAAUUUUUUAAUUUUUUUUUCUUUUUACAACAAAACUUGUGAAAUUGGGGGCCCUGGUUCGGUUUUCUUUGAGCUAGAAAAGGACCUUAAAUUCAAUGUUCACGGGAAGCUGAACAAGCUGUGGAGGUUUGGCUUUUUUUUUUAAGUGCGUUACCUUCAACUUUUUGUAACCUUCCUUUAGUGUAGCAAGGUAGGAAUGCAGCCGUGAGGGUUUGUGGAGAGGCAGACCACCUUGGUAUAUCUAAAGAGAAACUGCUUGUAUGUUCAUUCUGCAUAAAGGUAUUUUUACUGUAUACUGUAAAUUACCCAGAAAUAGACUUGCAAACUUUCCAUAAAAGAGGUUCUUGAAAAUGUUUAUUUAUAUUGUCCUUUUUUUACUGGAAGAAGUAUGCAUAUUCCAUUGAUAUUGUAUUUGAAGUGGUUAAGGAAUUCUUGUAUACAGUUUUCUUUGGCUUUACGAAGCCUAUUAAAAGACCGUCUGAAAUGAA